AUGUAUGACAGAUUUGCUUUGGAAGAGGAGCAUAAAAGACUAAUUAAUUCCCUCACUGAUGAGCAGAAAGCUGUUUAUGAUAAAAUUGUUUCAGCAGUUACGGCAGCAUCUAUUAGAUCAAAAGCUGGAAUUGUACUUAAUGUUGCUUCUAGCGGAAUUGCUUCCCUUCUGCUUCCUGGAGGACGAACAGCGCAUUCUAGAUUUCGUAUUCCUAUUCAAAUCAAUGAAGAUUCAACGUGUAAUAUAAGGCCGAAAUCUACUAUAGCUGAGUUGCUGUCAAAAACAAAGUUAAUCAUUUGGGAUGAAGCUCCAAUGGUACAUAGAUUUUGCUUUGAGGCUCUGUAUAGGACACUGAGAGAUGUUCUUAGAAUUUCUGAUACAAGCUGUGUUGAUAUGCCAUUUGGUGGAAAAGUUGUUGUUCUAGGAGGUGACUUUCGGCAAAUAUUACCUGUCAUUCCUUAUGGCAGCAGACAAGAUAUAGUUCAUGCAACCAUCAAUUCUUCUCAUCUAUGGUCCCAUUGUCAUUUAUUAACUUUGACCAAGAACAUGCGUCUUAAUUCUGGAAGUAGCGCUCACAAUUUAGAGGAAAUAAAAGAAUUUUCUGAGUGGAUACUUAAAGUUGGGGAUGGUAAUCUUGGAGAUGAUGUUGAUGGAGAAUCUAUUAUAACAAUUCCAGAUGAAUUGUUGAUUAGAGAAUCGAAAGAUCCGCUGUCGGAUAUGGUUAAUUUUUUUUAUCCGAAUCUCUUGGAUAAUAUUUUGGAUCAGACCUUCUUUAAAGAACGUGCUAUUCUAACUCCUAAAUUGUCCGAUGUUGCUAUGCUAAACGAGCACCUAACGUCUAUGAUUCCUGGUGAAGAAAGGACUUUUUUGAGUUCGGAUAAAAUUCUUAAGCAAGGUGGGACUUCCUCUGUUGAGGAUGAUGAAAUCACCCCUGAGAUCUUAAAUACAUUAUCAUGCUCAGGGAUUCCUGAUAAUAAAUUAAUCUUGAAAGUUAAAGUUCCAGUAAUGCUAUUAAGAAAUAUCGAUCAGUCGAGAGGUUUAUGCAAUGGCACGAGAUUGCUUAUUACAAAAUUAGGAAAUCAUGUUGUUGAGGCAAUUGGUUUGGAGAUUGCAAUCUUCGGAGGCGUCGAGAAUCAGUGUUUUGAAAGAGUUCAUAUUGUGCUGCAAAUGGAAUCAAUUAAUAACACUAUGGAUGAUGAUGCUGAAAAAUUAGACAUUGAGAUUGAAGAAGAAUCUGUAUCAGUUCAACCAUCUACAAAAAAAAGCCAAGUCAACAACAUCAGAGUGCUGGAAAUAUUUCACAAACAUAGGACCGGGCAAAGAUGGAAUUGA